UCUGUUAACCUCCCAGCGUCUCGAUCGGUCCAACCACGUGAGUGUCGUUAAGAGUGAUUUUUUGCCAUACCGUGACUAGACAAAACUGUAGAAUAGCAAAUAGUGCCAUGUCGGAUUGGUAUGAAUUAUGAUUGAUGGUUUGAUUAGUAUGGAGAGCGGCAGAUAAUGAAUACUGUUAGACUGAGCAUUAAAACAGCAGAUAAAACCGUGUUCUCUACCAGAUCACUACAGCAAACAAGAACAGGAUAAACUGUGCAGAACGAAUCAGUGCAUUAUACAGUUUCAGCUUAACACAUUAACAACGAUCGUACAAAAUCAUUUUGUACACAAACAAUUUCCCCCAACAAAUGCCCUUAAAGCUGCUAAACCGAUAUACGAGGGAGGGAGAGAGAGCGAGAGAUGCAACAAAUAGGAAAUGUUUUCAUUUUUGUAAGCAUACAAAAUUGGUGCUAUUUUGUGUUUGUUUCCACGCUUAAAUGUUUAAAGCCUGCAUCGAUGCCAUAUUGCAUCACAAAGUGCGGAACAUUAAACACACACACAAUCAUGCACGUUGCUAAUUUCAACCAACGGCACGCCAAAGAUACUGCCGGUACGGUAUUGCAAUGGUGUGGAAUACAGAUAAAAGCGCCACCCUGGCGCACUUGCACCGAGAUCACUGUCGGUCCAGCGUAAUGGCGAAUACAAUUGCAACACGUUAGAACACUGAGCGCUGACCGCGAUGGUCGCUGGUUGCACAACGUGAGAGGGAGGAGCUUUUUUAUUUGUCUGUGCUAGUCGAUGUUUGAAAACGCUGACACACUGGCGUACACCCUGCUGGCCUUGACCGUAUGGACUACUCCAACUGCUACUGCUGGACGGCUGUUUAGUGCUAAUGAAGCCGUUACUAUGGCAAUCUUUUUUGUAACGCUGCAGAUGCACGUGCACGCACUUGGUAGAGGCUGCCAUCGAAGCGAUAUCGUGUGCCCCCAUACUAAAAAUACUGUGAGGAUGAUGGAAGAGCGUUUGUUGGAAUGCGUAAAAAAAGACACAGACGUGACUUGCAUUAGUUUUAAUAAACGAAAACUCGGCUCUGCUCACUUCCUGCUACGCAGUUUCAUCAACGCCUAUUUGAGGUGAUGGAAGGGAAUGUUUUACUAGCCGAUCGUAUGCUGGUCAGUGAUGCUGGAACAGUGGAGAUCGUCAAUUGAGCGUGCGCUAGAGGAAAUAUACAAAUCACACAAACCUUCGCAAUCGCAAUUAUGUCAUCAAAACAGUGUGCUUCAAGGUGAUUGCACGGGGUGAACGAACGCACCCUAAAGUCUAGUUGAGGGCGGUUUGUGUACUAUAAUCAGACCGUAAAAUUAGUUUUUGAAAAAUAAAUAACAAAAACAGGUUUUAAUAGGUUUACAUGUAUUUUCCCCAAAAAAUAGUGGACAGGUUUUUAAGCUGUUUUGGUAAACAAAAUUUAUCUAUUUCGACUCGGGUAUUCUAGUAAUGGACAGAAAGACUCUCCCGAUAAUCCUAAUAAAAUUUAACACCCGAAAGACAGAAACCAUCUAAUAAAAUUUAACAAUACAAUCUUAACUUUUUCUCAAAUAUACUUGAAGUAAAAAUAAAAUAAAACUGGCGGACCAGUUUUAUUUAUUUAUUUAUUGAUUUAUAUACAGUUGUUUACGUCUUGUACUUCUGAGGCUUUUCUGUUUUUGUUUUACAACAUCUUUUACAUCUAGAACAUCUAAAUAAACAUCUCCCGAUCAUUAAAUAAUACUGCUUCCAUCGCAAACUGAAACGGAAAAAUAUGUAUUGACACCAAUUAUUGUCAUUGGUUCAACAUUUGUGACUCAAACGAUUGAAUAAAGUUGGGUGAAAUAAAUCGAGGAUCCUCUUCAGCAAUAACCCGGUAAUUAUCUGUAAAUCGAAGAAAAAUUAAAAUCGAAGAGAAAACUAAAAACGGUCAGGCAACCCUUUAUCAUAAUUAUGACAAUAUUGUUUAAUUCUUGCGAAACUCGAUGAACUGGACAGCCAGAUAGGCCAAUUUAGCCACAGUUUAAAACGCAAGACUACGUUAGUUUAUUGGAUCAAAGUGCCUGGUUAGAUAAAAUUUGAAUAUAAUUUUGUAAAAAUAAUCUCUAACGUGAACGCAAUUCUCCCACAUUGUAUCAAUUUUCGCGCAAAACUACCCCUUCGCGCAAAACUACCCACUUCCAACGCAAUACAAUACUUAUCUCGAACAUGCAACCGCAUGAUGUACGUCUCGUGGCAGGGUGUUUUCGGCGUUGGUAUUGGUGUAGGACCGGUUUUGCUUUGCCAAAACCACGUGCGUUUUCUUUCACCGCGUGGGGAGAACGCUCGAAACGCGGAUUAUUGCGCAGGGUAAGUUCGCUGAAAAUGUGCCACCCCAAACGGUCGCCACUGAAGUACAAUGCCCGAAUGUUUGGGAUGGUAAGAUUUUGAUAAGUUCUAUAAAUACAAACAUAAACCCAGCCAACAACAAGAACGGACAGAACGACGCGAUCAUUCAUCCCCGCCGUACGCGCAACAAAAAAGCAACAAGAAAAUACGAUGAAUGCGUGUAUGCGCGUCUUUCUGAACGCUUGCUUAGAGCGAGGAAAACAUAGGGCAGGGGAAGUGAAGCAGCUGCCCUGUUUUGAGCGUUCGGGUUACCAAAAAAACACACACGAAUGGGGUUGUGGUGAGCAUAAAGGUUUUGCAUGUGGUCGUGCAAUGGUUUUUGGGCCGGACCGAACGGACCGACGGAGCAGCGAAUGGGCGAACAAGCGCGCGGUGGUCAAUUAUCUGCGGAUGUCAGAACAGUUUCGUGGUUGUGGUCGUGCCUUGCGCGCAUUCCCAACAAAAAAAAAACGCAGUUCGAUUGGUUCGAUUUCGUAUUCGACCAACCGGUUCAUCAUCCAGUGCUAAAAAGAAGUGAAAACAACGGUGUAUUACAUGGGGCAGAGAACGGCUGAAACGAUUGGUCGAUUGCGUACGGGCUACGAGCAAUUAUACGUAUCACAAGGGCUACACUUCUUAUCUCUGUCGCGAGCUGUCAGCACUAUCGCGGUCUAUAUUUGACGCGAGGACAGGGUGGUGAACUAUUUAAGUUCACCUUACUCCCGGGUAUUCGAUUUGAGUCAUUCCAGUGUUUGCGGACAGGUGUGGCGUGCAACCCUUGGCUGCUGUAAGGUUAGAAAGCAUGGAUCCGGCCACGAUCGAGGAGAAGUAUCCCUUCAUCACCAGAGACUACCUGCAGGGCAUACUGCGGCGGGAGCAGUGCGAAAGUGCAAUCACGGUCGAGAGCUUCAAGGUGGUUGCGCCGCUGGCUAAGGGCGAAAACUACUCCAGUGACAUCUUGCGCGUGACGGUAAACUAUACGACCGGUAGCCACAAUCACAGAACACAGACGUACAUCAUAAAGGUGUCGUUCGCGCGGGACGAGGAUGCGGAUCUGCUGGAUGCGUACGAUGUGUUCAAGCGGGAGAUUGCCGUCUACGAUGUGGUUAUGCCGAAAGUCGAACAGUUGCUAAGCUCGAUCGGAUACAGUAAGCGGCUGGCACCGGUUGCCCAUGCGAUCCAUGCAACCACGAUCAAACAUUUCGUCUUUGAGGAUCUGUCACUGCAAGGCUACAAGCCGGUGGGACGAGCGGCCGGGCUAAACUUUGGUCAGCUUCAGCUCGUGCUAGAAAAGAUCGCCAAAUUCCACGCUGCUACAGCAGUUCUAUACACCAUUGAAGAAGACGCGAUGGCAGCACACCAUUAUCGCAAUAUUAGCGAAGAUGUGCCUCACUUUUAUCCGCUGUUCCAGAACAGUGUCGUCGCCUGCGGUGAGCAGGCAUCGAAUUGGCCUACGACAAAGGGCAAAAUAGCAGAAAAACUGUGUGCGCUGGAAAAAACCAUCAUCGCCAAAGGGUGCCGGGUGUACACGCGCACCGAAACCGACUUCAACGUGCUCAACCAUGGCGAUCUGUGGGUGAACAACGUGAUGCUUAAGACGGAACCGAGCGGCAAGCCGACCGACGCGAUACUAGUUGACUACGCCACCGGGUUCUUUGGCUCACCGGCCAUCGAUCUGAGCUAUCUGCUGUUCACUUCCGCAUCGAACGACGUGACAGUGGAGGACUUUGAUCUGCUGCUGCAGCACUACCACGGCGAGCUGGUGGACACGCUGACCAAGCUAAAGUACGCCAAGCGGGUACCGACCCUGCUCGACAUACAAGUGGAGAUGUUGCGCAAGGGCCACAAUGGGGUGAUGUUUUCCACUUUUCUCAUACCGCUGCGCCUUCUCGAGGAUACGGCCAAUGCCGACCUGGGCGGUCUGUUGGGUCGCACGGAGGAAGCGAUCGCGUUUCGGAAGCGACUUUUCUCUCACCCGAAGUACCAGGAUCGUAUGGAGUAUCUGUUAAACUUUUACGAUCGAAAAGGUUAUCUGGAUUGAAGAUGAACACGAUUGGGCUGAAUAAAUGCCAGCGAUCGUAA